GCAAGUUCAUGGAGAACUUACCGUACAAGGAGUGGAAGGCGGAGAACCAAGCGAAGAUUGGUGUGCGGCUUGGAGAGGUGAAGAGUAACGGCUUGGAGCAUGUGGAGCUGCCCUUGGAGCUGAGUAGCAGCAGCACAGUCACGAGGCAAUCUCCUCAAAUGAAUGGGGAUGAGGAGGAGGAGGAGGUGCAGCAAGGUGAUGAGCGUGCACCGUCACUUCCGCCUCGUGCUACAAAUGUGGAGAAGCGGUGGAUGCGAGUGCAUCAAAAGAAGUACUUGGAGGCCUUGGCUGCAAACUUUGGGAAGAGUGAAGGUCAUGUGGCUACUCCUCUUCCCUCAGGGUUCAAGUGUGUGAAAGGACCAGCGGAGGAAAGUGUUGCAACUGUUGGACUGCAAUACUCCGCGGCGGCACAAAGGCGUCAAAAGGGGGCGGAUGGAAGAGGUUGUGUGGCAGCGGCGUUUGCUAGCUGAAUUGGGGGAGGAGCAGCAAGGACCUACCCCACUCUACUGUGAUAGCCAAGGUGCUAUUGCAUUGGCUAAGAACCCCGUUCUUCAUGGCCUUACCAAGCACAUGAAGGUGAAGUGGCAUUGGGUGAGGAGCAUGGUAACCGCGGGUGAAGUGGAG